AUGCAUACAUGUGGCUCGGAACAUCUUACGAGUCAUAAUCCACACGCCACAGCAAAAGUCAUUGGAGCAUACUUCAAAGAUAGAUAUCCCGAAGGUAAAGGUCCAUCUACAAAAGAUUUGAAAAACUCUAUCCGUAUUGAAUUGGGAUGCAAGGUUAGUUAUUGGAAAGUUUGGAUGGGUAGCGAUAUUGUAAAGUCUUUGGUAAGAGGGACAUAUGAACAUGGAUAUGGAGUGAUUGAUGCGUUCAAGUACUCUUUUGUGGCAUAUGGAGCUUGGAUUCUUGGUAUCGCACAAAUGAGAAAACUCAUAGCUGUUGAUGGGACAUUUUUGAGAAGUAAAUAUGGUGGUGUGUUGUUGUCUGCUGUUGCACGGGAUGCGGAGAAUCAUAUUUUUUCGGUGGCAUUUUGCGUAGUAGACUCUAAAUGUGAUGCUUCUUACCGAUACUUUUUCGAGCAAUUGAGAAGUUUUGUACUUGAUACUCCUGAAUUGUGCAUAAUCUCUGAUAGACAUCAAAGUAUUAGAAAGAUGGUUUCAAUUGUUGUCACUCAUCUUGAACGCGUUGGAUUUCACCGAUGGAGCAGGGCAUUCUUUCCCGGAAAUAGGUACAAUAUUAUGACGAUAAAUAUUGCUGAGUCGGUUAACUCAAUGUUUCUUGAUGAAAGAGAAUAUUCCAUUACUGCUCUAUUUGAUGCAAUAAACAGGCGAUUUGCAGAAAAAUUUCAUGAGAGGCGUAUGAAAUUUAUUAAUGCACCAACCAUCUUCGUCCUUUCGAUAGAAAAAUACAUUGCAAAAAAUACUAAUCUGGGGAACAAGCUAUUGGUCCAUCAAAUUGCCAACUACAAGUAUAUUGUCACCAGUCAUGAUGAAGUUGCAACAGUUGAUUUGCUAGCCAAAUCUUGUACUUGUAAAGUCUUUGACAUUGACAAAGUACCUUGUUCACAUGCUAUGGCAGCGAUUCGAUGCCAAUAUGGUGAUGACUAUGGGAGACGCAUUUAUGAGUACUCCUCUUCGUAUUACAAAGUAGAGGUAUACCUUAUUGCAUAUGUGGAGGAAAUUAAAUCGGUUCCAUCUGAAGAAACUUGGGAAGUUCCUAUUGAGAUUUUAGAGAGAAAAAUAUCUUCUCCAUUUGUUGAGCCAGACAAGGUUGGAAAAAGGUCCUCAAAAAGAUAA